AUUACUAUUUUGCCAUACAGCGAACAUCUUUGUCAUUCACUUUCCUUCGUACCAUCGUUCACCAAGGAAGACUCCAUAAGAGUCCAACUCUCCUAUCAUCAUUCACGGGCACCGACAUACGAAGCUGUGGUGGGCUGGGUCGAGCGAGUGAACAUCUCGGGAUUUGAAGCGUGUGUCGCCACUUCAGGGCCAAUCAGACCGAGCAGGGAGGUGACAGUACAAUGGCUAGCUUAUGAUGUCGUACCCAGUGGGGGAAAGGAAGGAAUUGAAGACAUUUCGCUCUGGACAACAGGAACAGUAUGUGUGGCCGUUGAUUUGGAGGGAAAGGUGGGUCCGAGUUGCAGAUCGUAUUAACGAGAUCAGGAGCCCAUCAAAUUUGAUGGGCUCCUGACGAGAUCUAACGUUGUUAUGCGAUUACUGAAUUAUGUCAACCCUAUUCAGCUUUUGAGGUCCCCCUCACUAAGAAGUUGAAUAACUUUAAAGCUGUUCAAGCAGGGACCACUAACCUUAGCGACUUUUCCAAAAAUUUAUCUGGGAAUUUAAAAUUUAUCUCGUGAAGUUUAUGUCAACACUGAUGUUACCACGGAAACCGAGUUUUGGCCUCCACGGUUUUUUCUCUAAAAAAUAGGUUGUAUUUCUAUUUUAAUAGAUGGAAUUAUUAUAUUACUCUUUAUUUAGCGUUAUUUUAUCAAAGUUAUUGUAACAUGAGUUUUAUAUGACCAAAUAACAGAUGCUGACUUAAAUUUUCAACAGUCUUAAUCAGUCUCUCGGAAUUUCAUACUUUGAUGAUUUUUUUUGGGGGGGGUGGCUUCCUAAGCAUCCUUUUAUACUCAGAAAUAGUAAGUUUUCUGUUAUAAAUACCUGAAUUUAUAGGAGAUUUAAGUCAAAUGGUAACAUUUAAAUAAUUCAAAUAGCGGAUCCAAAAUGGCGGAUUCUUCCACUUCCCUUUUUAGUAAUAAAUAACGUCAUGACGACAUCAUUGCUAUUGUUAAGGAUCAUUUACUCCGUUAAACAGCUUUCUUGAUUUUAUCAGAGACCUUACUAUUUAAGUAUUUUUCGCUUUAUGUUUACCUUGAGGGAAAUCAUUUGGAUUCCGCCAAUAAAUUCAGCAAUAUAGGGUUCUAAUAACGUCAGAUUAAGUUAUGCCCAGAAGUUGCAAAUGAUGACUACAUUAUUGUGUGUAAUUUUAUUGGACGUACGAUGGGCAGUUUUGAAGUUAUAGAGGUCACAGGAAGCAAAAAAGAAAAGCCCGGUUUGAAUGGGGUUAAUGUUGUUUGGCGAUGGUGGUGGUGGUGAUGAUGAUGAUGAUGAUUGCUGCAUCAUCGCGAAGGAUUAAGCGCAUAAUUCCUUCUGACGUUAUGAUCUCUCUUUAUAAAGCCUACGUGAUACCGCAUUUAGAAUAGAUGCUGCUGCCAACUGCUUCUGGGAAUAUUUAAAGCGUUGUUCUAGAGUUUUAAACCGCAUGGCCCAAAAUCUCUUUUCCGAGUUUUUUACAUUUCGGACAACUAAACACAAUUUAUGAGGCAGUGGCUAAAUGUUGUGCAAUGAAUUAAUUAAGACUAUUAUUAUUAUUAUUAUUAAUUAUUGUAUAAUCUUAAUAUCUCUGCAUAAUGGAAUUCUUUAUUUUAUAGAAUUUUGAACUUUUAUUAUUAAUUAUAUCUACUUCCUCUUCUUUUGUGUAAGGUUAAGUUACUUCUUUUUCAGAAUUUGUAAAUGAAUAGUUUCUUUCUUGACUUAUUAUAUAUAGGAUUGUUUUUGUUCUCUAAUAAAGGCCGAGGGGUUUCUUUUGUAACGGAUGGAAUUGUAGAUAGUGUUUUGAUGAAUUGAUUACAUUUUUUGUAACAGCAGGUUGAAUGUAAAUAGGAUUUUAAUUGAAGUUUUGUAAUAAAGAUCUUCUUUGUAUUAUUAAAUUAUUAUUAUUAUUAUUAUUAAUGAUAUGAUAAUGGCAUCUUACAACUGUAUGACUACAAUGCGAAUUAUUAGAAAAGGGUAGCAAGUGCCCAACCCUGAUUUACGCAAUCGUCUUUAGGGAUUUACAAAAGCCCCUUAUGUUUACGCCACACCAGUACAAAGACAGCCAGAAAAAGAAGGCGAUCCAUCAUUAAUUUGGGUGGAGAGUAUCUCAACGUUUGGAUUCAAACUUUGCCUUAGAGAGCUAAAGAAUUUCGACGGCGUUCACUCAAGCAUUCGAGCAGUAAGUGAAAACAUCUACAAUACCUAUCUAUUGAGAUUACAAUAACAGCAAGAAUAUUUGUUGUUUCAGUAUUAAAUGACAAAGACCAUCUCAGGCUAUUCUCCAGGCUUUCUCUCUUUGCGAAGUCUAGGAAAGUGUGCGCGAGAGAACUCUGCGAGUCUCAUUUGGCGACAUCACAGCUCACGGUAGAGUCCAGGAUUGACCGACCUAAGUAGUGGGACAAAAUUUGGUGAAUUAUAAAAAGAUUUAUUUUUACAUAGGUGCUUAAUACCAUAAUCCAACGUAGCUAAAUGAAAUUGUUUAUUUUCUAAAUUAGGCGUGGCUUGCACUAGAGGACAUUCCCAGUGAGUAGAAUAAGAAAAUUCCAAUCAAAAGCAAUGUGACUUUACCAAAUAACCAGCCAUUAACAAGCGUCCAACAUUAUAGCUUCUGCCAGGUACGUUUUGCAUUUCAGUUAGAACACAAUGUCUUCUUAAACUUCUGUAUAUUGAGCGUGAUAGUUAAUUAAAAAAAAAAAAAAACUUUCGCUAGACCUCUAACCUUAGUUAACUAAGUAACCUUGUUUCUGGAAGACAAGUUGCCCAGAUGCCUGAGUGAAAUUAUUAGGAUUUGGGGGUCCUCGUCCCCUCUUGCCCAUGUUAUCAGGAUGUUAAAUGUGGUAGUAAGUAUUUACAUUCAUCGCGAUUAAAGCCGGGACCUCUUGUCUGUAUAAUGACUACUUCGGUUCCUUUGCCAAGAUGUCUCUCCCCAUUUAAGGGAGUCCAAGACCGUCUUGGAUUCUGGACUCCAUGUUGUGGAUUCCGGAUUCCCUAUCAACGGAAAUUGGAUAACGGAUUCCAAUCGUUUACGGGAUUCUAAACUUUUUUAGCUGUAUUUCAAAUUCCAUGAUUCCAAAGCCCAAGAUUCUGGAUUUCACAAAGUUGCUAUCAGGCAUGUAGACAUGCAUGCGCAGUUGCCCUCUAAGUUGAAAAGUUCCCCAAAGGGUUAUUCGAAUUGGCGCUUACCGUGUAAUCACACCUUACACUGUAAUCUUCAGGGAGUUAUAAUAACUCCUCUAGUGGGGCUAAUUUAACUCCUUACAGUGGAGUUAUUUUUCGUGGAGUUAUUUUAACUCCAAAAAGGAGUUUAAAGAACUCUUUUUCAGGAGUAAAAGUGACCACAGAUUUUGAGGAGUUAAAAUAACCCCAAAAAAGGAGUUAUCCUGUACCUAAAAUUUUUACUCCACUUUCAGAGUUAAAUUAACUCCAAAAAGAGUGAAAACAACCCCUGUAAGGAGUACAAGUAACCCCAUUUCGGAGUAAUUUUAACUCCAAGACUGGGAGUAAAAAGAACUCUUUUUCAGGAGUAAAAAUGACCCCAAAUUCGGAGUUAAAUUAGGAGUUAAAAUAACCCCAAAAAAGGGGUUAUCCUGUACCUAAAAUUUUUACUCCAUUUUUGGAGUUAUAAUAACUCCCUAAAAAUUACGGUGUAGGCUUGCGCAUAUAAGGUAAAGAAUAAUUGACCUGGAAACUCAUGUGCAUAUGCUUGAAACUACGGUGUAUUCGAUAUUUGUUUCGAUUUUAUCUUUUUCUUUAUUUAAAAACAGAGAGUCAACUUUAGCCAGCCAUUCUAUGCUUCACCUAUCGUGAUAACAAGUGCCAGCCACAGAAUGAAUCCAAAAAACGUCAACACGGUCAUCACUGAAUGGUUAGAGGUUAGUUAUUCAUACUCAUACUCAUACUCAUACUCUGAGAAGACAUCUCGCAAAAGUCGAUACCGACAGAACCCAAGAAAACACAGUAUCAUAGAAAUACGCACUUUGUAUGGCAGGAUUUCUUGACUGAUUUGGUUUGAACUGGAUUUUGUGUUUCUCGCGGAUUAUAUUUUUUGCAAUUAUAAGCAUAAUUCAAGACUGAGAUCUUUCUUGGACAUCUUUAUAGUGUGAAACACACCCUUGGGUGUUUGAUUCCCUUCCUCUAAGUUUAUAAAUAAAUUCCAAAAAAUAGUUUGAAUACUAGCUUCGAGUGACUAUAUAAAAUUUUAAAUUUGUCUAGCAUUAAAAAGGUGGGUUGUUCGAUUUUGCAUAACAGGUUUGAAUAUUUGUUUUCUAGGAAAUAACCCGAAGCAGUUUCACCGUUUGCAUGAAGGAUCUACAACCCUAUGAUGAGCAUCAUGAUCCUGUAACUAUCAGCUUUCUUGCUAUUGGAGGUGAGAACAGCCGUAUCAGUAGCUAAAUACGUAACAUUGAGAAAACAAAUUAAAUAAUAGGAACAACAACAACAAUGAAAGUCCUUACGAGGAAAAGCAUCACUAAAUUAUCAAUCUUUCUACAUUUCAAUAUUCCUCUGUUAUGAAACGAUCCAUGCGUUCAUCCACCCCGCCUUUCAUUCUUUCGUGCAUUCAUGCAUCCAUUCAUUUAUUCAUGCAUGCAUCCAUACAUCCAUCUAUCCAUCAAUCAAUCCAUCCAUCCAUCCAUCUAUCCAUCCGUCCGUCCAUCCAUCCAUCCAUCCAUCCAUCCAUCCAUCCAUCUAUCCAUCCGUCCGUCCAUCCACCCAUUCAUCCAUCCGUCCGUCCUUCCGUCCAUCCAUCCAUCCAUCCAUCCAUCCAUCCAUCCAUCCAUCCAUCCAUCCAUCCAUCCAUCCAUCAUCCGUUCGUCUGUCCAUUCGUCCGUCCGUCCUUUAAUUCGUUCGUUCGUUCGUUCAUUGAUUCAUUCAGUCAUUCACUCACUCACUCACUCUCUCACUCACUCGCUCAUUCAUUCAUUCAUUCAUUGAUUCAUUUAUUCAUUCUUCUACGCAUUCGUUCGUUCUUUAUUUUUUAUGUACGUUCAUUCAUUCACUAGUUUAUUUGUUCAUUCAUUAACUAUUUACUCAUUUAAUCAUCCACUGUUAGCCGUUUGUUAAUGGAUUUUUGUUUGUUUGUUUAAUAUCACAAUGAAAGCAUUGGUCUAAUUGCUUGUGACUAAAGCCGUUAUGUCUAUAUAACUGUUCUAUUAUUAUUUUGUUCUUGAAGACCUUAAUCCAUGUAAUUCAGUCACGUGUAAUUAUUAUGGUCUAUGUCAAGCAUCAAGUGCUGCGGAAGCGCAUUGCGCAUGUCCAACAGACUGCCCAACUUUUGAAGAUCACUUGUGUGGAAGUAAUGGGAAAACAUACCAGAAUCACUGCUUCCACAAACUGGAUGUCUCCAAACGCGCGCAAACAUUACCGUGCUGCAUGAAGGCUCUUGUUAUGGUAAGUGAUAUUGUUUGGGUCUUGCUCAUGUAAGUCACUUCGAAUAAUACCGUAAUAAAUUUGUGGCUGCAAGUUCAAUUUGUGCUUUAUGUAAGGCUAACAUUUCUUAUGUGUUUUGGCCUCAGACGCGCGAGCAUGCGGACACUUUGCGUACCCAUUGUUUUCGCGUGGCCUUCAGCAUUAUUAACUGCAGCUAAAAUUGUUUCAGCUUAAAAUACUACCUACCAUUUGUGACAAGUAUAAUUCUCAAGUUGCGCCAGUACCAAAAAUACGACCUUCUAGUCCAUACUGUCUCCAAACUCCCCGUUCUAAUAAGUUCAGCCCUGCACGUUAAAGGACGUUUCGUUAUUUAGCGAAUUGGUCUAUAAUGGAAUUGAAUGUCAUAUUUCUUAGUUGUCCGGACGAAUUGAAAUUGUUGACAUGUUCUGCAAUUCUCUUAUUCCGGCGAAGUUCUAUUAAUUUUGUCGAACUCGAAUGGCCACAUAUAUAUUAGUUUUAUGAUCAUUGCAGUUCCAUAAAAAAAGUAUUCCCGAUUCAGGACGAUACAGUUCCAAGUACUUUUCCUAUUGCUUUAAAUUAUGUAAGAAGUUUCAAGUCCCAAAAGUGCACGCCCGAUAAUAUUUGAAGUUUGUUGUGUUCUCCCAUCGUUACGUCUCGAUCAAAUUUUUUAUUAUAGUCUGACUAAAAGUGAACAAGUCCUUGACUUUUCUGUUGCAGAAUUCAUUAUGUACCGCGGUCGCCUUGCUCUUCGUCUGAGUUCAUCGGAUGUUCAAUGCAAGGAAGCAAUUUUACAAAAGAAUGUCUUUAAUAAUUAUCGGAGAGUACACGUGCAAACAACUAUUAACUACUUCAACGAGACCGGUGACUUUGUUCAUGAUGCUGCAGUUACUUGGACAGAGAAAAUUUACGCUGGAGGAUUUAGCGCAUGCGUAUUGAAGGCUGGUCAUUUAGAGCGCCAGACCCCAGACAAUGGACUGACGUUUGUUGAUUUCGUCGCUUACCAAGGUGCUCCUGAAGGUGCGGUUGCUGGGGAGGAAAGCCUCGUUUCCUGGUGGGAUGGAACACAUUGCAGAAGCGUCGAUAUUCCUGAGGUACAGUAACAGAACUGUAUCAGCAUAAGUCAUCACCCUAGUGCCCGGUAGUUGGAAGGCCGAUUAGGGCUAACCUGGGAUUAAAUUCUAAUACGUAUUUCUUUUCCUUUUGUUCAAAAGUAUUUCCAGGAUUUUUUCCUCUAAUCUCUUAAGAGCAUCCAAUUAUUAAAUUUUAGACAAAAUGAAUUAAACUGAAUUUGCAUUUAAGCUUUCAUAUCUAACUUCAAUUUUCGCACUCUGGGUUAUCUUAGACCAGUUUUGAACGGCCCGGCUUGGGGCUUCAUUUUCCAACGCGCUAUACUUUCAUUCUAAAUUUAGUCAAGCGAUUUGUAUUGACAAUUAAUAUGGUGAAGUCACCGGUAUUAACUCAUAUUUUAAAAAAGCAGAGUUUUGAUAAUAAAUUAUAUGUGCAUAGUUUAUUUCUAUUUUUGGUGACGUUUCUCGUUUACUUAUCGAAUAUCUCUUGAAAGAGCUGGAAAAUUUCAUCUGUCCGCGGUAAAAAUCAGUGCCGUAAACUAAAACCUCUUUUACAAAUAUAAAAUACAAUAAAUAAAUGAAUGUAUGAGAAAUAAAUAAAUAAAAGAGAGGACUGAUCGAAUCCCCGACCAUUUAAACCAGAAAGUAUAGGCUAGGAGUUCCAAAUCUGUGGAACUGAUUAUUUCCAUUUUCUAAACUGGUGUUGCGUUCAAAUUGUAUUGUAGGGAAAGUUCUCAGAGCCACCAUACAUACUAGUGACUGCUGAACACAUGUGCACGGGCCUUAAACAUGACGCUGCAACUGUGUGGGUGGAAGAUGCCUCAACGAAAUCUUUUUACCAGCCAGAACAACGCUGGCGUCACUGGCAUUUUCGUUGUUGAAGUCAGUCUUAUGACGGGGAGUAAGGCCGGGGGUUGUGGAGAUGAACUGAGUGACUAUCUCAAGGUUUGAAUUUAGAGGAAUAUCCUCGUUAUCAUCAUCAUCAUUAUUGUUGUCGAUGAGGCUAUCAAUAACUCUGUCAUUACACCCAGUCGCGAUCAUUUUGGUCGUUCAUUUCCAUUUGUAUAGCCAUCAUCAUUAUCAACAUCAUAAUUAGACUAGGGCUCUGCUCGACCAUUUGAUGUAUGACUAAAAGUCUUUAAACUAAACUCAUUCUGGGAAAGGAGACUAUCCACCAAAAGUAGACCAAGGUGUAAGGUAAAUAAAAAUUACCCAAGCCAAGUGAAAGGGGGGAAUACGGUUUUUGAUCUCUAGUUCCUAAUUCAUGUUUCAAAACAUGAAGCAAGCUACCUUGUGUUUUCGCAAUUUUGUAGAACUGGAUUGCUUAUCAAACACUCCCAAAUGGCAUGGAAGCUACGGAGCAUCUCAUACACUUUAGUAACACGGCUCAACCACUGAAAGCAAACAACAAUGCUUUUUGUCAGGUAUAGCUUGAUCUUUUAUUUGCUAUACGGCAACGUUUGACUUGUACGCUAGGAUGAUGUUGUUAAAGAUUUUAUAUGCAGUCUUUCUAAAGGCUUAAAUGUACAGCUGCUCUUUUUAACUAAAUAGAAAUCUGAAAAAAAAAAGUUAUAUGUAGCUCUGCUCAUUUAAGUUAUGAAUUUGCGCUGUAUUCAUUACAAAUUAAGCCGUGUUCUCAGGUAUUGAAUUCUACUUUAGGCGGUCACAUUUAACAAGACGUAUAAUCAAGUGCCUACUGUACUGAUUACAGCAAGUCACAAUAUGAAAGAAGGAAAACUCAUUCCUGAGUACAACAGUAUAGCCGCUUGGGUCGAGGUAUAUGCAUUCCUAUGAUUUCUUGGCCCGGUUAGAGCGAUUUUCGUAUAACCUUGAAACAUGGUUUCGGUAAUGGCUGAAAAGAUCAAAACAUCGACUCUUCGUUUUCCCGCCAAAGAAAACUCUAAUAUGGAGAAGGCAUUGUUCGAUUAGCCAAUCGUGUUGCAGUGUGAAGCCAAACAGAAGUAUCGAUUGAUUUCCAGAAAUUUCUCGGGCAUGAAGGUUUUUUCACCCGAGCUUUCGUUUAACCAACCAAAAGCCACGCGCGUUUGUAUCCGUUCGAUAAACCAAUCAAAUCGCUCUAUUUCCGUUCGUGUAUUGUUUCUGUCUUGUUUGCGCGAAAAUCGCUCUAUGAUAGCCGCGACAUUCGUGAGCUGAACCUAAUUUAAUUUUGAUUUUGGAGCGACGGCCGACUCCAGCGGGGGCCUUGCGCUUAACCUGCUAGCGGAGGUUUCUCCCCUGCAUGGCUUUUAGCGUUUACGAAGUCGUUUGCGUUGCUUGUCUGUCGCGUAGUUGGUUUUGUUUACGCCCCGCGAACGAUUUGAUAAACGCUAAAAGCCACGCAAGACCGGAGAAACCGUAGCUCGCAGGGUACUAUUGUAUGACAGUUUUCUUUAGACCUGGCCAUUAGAUCGUUUAGACCAUUACUUGGGGCGCGCACCGUUCCCUAUCGUUUGGCGUUGUGAUAGAGUUAGAGAAAAGCGCUAACGUUUCGGAGGCCUCCGCCUAUAACUUUUUAAACCCACAACCAAAAUUACAAAGAAAAAUGUAUUCAUCAUUUCCAACAUCUAGCUAAAAUUUGGUUGACACAAUAACGUAAUUUGACGUCAAUAUAACGCCAUAUUACGAUUUAAAAAUAUUUUGGCGUCUGACAAAAUGAGUUAGCCAACUUCUGAUUUUGAUUUUAUUUUGAUUAUUAAAAUAAUCUUUAACAACAGCAGUGAUGUCAUGAUGACGUCAUUACUCAAUUAAAAAGGUGGCGGGGGAAUAGUCCGAAUAGGGUUAAAGAGAAAGCAUGGGAAAUACUGAGUGACAUCGUAAUUGAUUUAGUCUUUCUGCUCCGGUUCCGUCGCACUCAUGACUCCGCUUUCCUGACCGAGUACCCGCUUCCCUACCGUAAAAAGACAGUGUUUCUCAUUUGGAUACCCACCUUUCUAAUACUUGGAAAGAAGCCCUGAUAAUGCCCUAGUGACAAUUUAUUUGACAAUACAAGCUUCAUGCACAUUCAAGACUCACCUUUAGAUGUUAAGUUCGAAAAUUUGCGUCCAUCGGGUUCAUCUUUUGGGUUUUACCUUCUAUUAGCAUUACGUCCCCUAGACGUCUAGUCGUCGAAUACAGUUGUUUCCACCAUUCCCCUAAGAAGAACUAUCGAUGAUUUUACAUGCUGUAAGAAGUCCAUUUAAACUUUGAUAAAAAUAAUUAAUUAAUAUUAAUGUUUGGUCAUCUUCUUAUGCGAUGACGUAUUGUGUAAUUUUUGUUUUCUGUUGUUUGUUUGUUUUGUUUUUUACAUUUCCCAGUGCAUCACGACCAAAAUCUUUAGAGUGUGUAUGAAAGAGCUCAAUAGGCAUCAGGGAAAUGAUCCAGUUACUAUUACGUCACUCAUUAUUGGUAAUAGUCCUUUAUUGUCUUUUUAG